AUGCAAAUCUUUUUUUUUAGCGUUGGUUUUAUUGGAAAAAAUUCCGGUAAGGUAUUGGCCGUUAAUUUUAACCGGUACUUUUUUACCCGCCGUUCUUUUGCGCUUUUAAUAUUGUUUGUAGCAUUAACCAAAAUAUUAUUAAGCGUGCCGCACCGAUUGGCGCUUUGUACUUUUUUAAAACCAACCUUCGCACUUUCCCCGAAAUGGCAAAACGCAACGCUUACUUCAAAUUUAAUAAAAUUGUUAAGCUUAUUUAAUUUAUGCGCUAAAUUGGAAACGAUAUUAACGCUUUUAAUUUUCGUAUUGCUUUUAAAAGUUUGCGAAACAAUACGCCUUUUUGCCGUAAUUGGGAGGCUAGCUUUGUUAACGAUGCUUCCGGCCACGUUUGGGAUAUUACCUAAGCCUUUUGCACUAUCGAUUUUCGCGUUACGCCUUCCUUUUUCCUUUUGGUGCAAAUUAAUAAAUACAACGGCCCUUUUUGCUUUUUUAAAAACCUUAGCAUCCCGGCCAACGUUAUGCUUAUUUUCCGAAUUUUUCGAAAUUUUUAAAAAAAAAAUACGCAUAACGUUUAAUAUCGCUAUUUUCGAUAUUUUUGCCAAAAAUUUCCUGUUUGGCUUAAUAUACGUUGCUAUUUCGAAAGUUAAAUCCUUUAACGGUAUUAUAUUUAACGUGCCCUUUUUUUUAAACAAUAUCCGUAUUACUAAAAAUAUUGUUACGCCUUUCCGCAUUCAAAACUACGAGCGCCGCAAACGACGUAACGAGGUUUUUAAGCCUUUUGCCACUUUUAACGUGCUUUCGUAA